GGCUGCAAUUACCUCUACGAUGAUGAUUAUGAUGAUUGCAAUUACCUCCAUGACGAUGAUGAGGAGGAGGAGGAGGACGACGACGACGACGAAGAAGCAGUUCCCACUGCUGUACAGAUGAGAGCUGCAAUCUACACUCUGUAA